CUUAAACUGAAAACGUUCAACAUGAGUCUGAAAAAGGAGGACGUAUUGGCCUUUCUAGAAAACAACCCCAAAUUCACCGAAAAAUAUUUUCAAAAGAAACUCAAACCAGAGACGAUAUCGACUGCCUUCGGCCGCAAAGAACUCGUUGUGGAUUUUGCGACUUUUCGAGAGCUUGUUCAGGUGGAAGAAAGUGAAAUUCUGUUUGAACUUAUUAAGGACAUGCAAGAAAGCAUAAACAUGGAGAAGGUUGUUUUCAAGACUCUAAGGAGAAUCAGCACUCUAAUUCAUGCAGAUCGCUGUAGUCUUUUUAUGUACAGGCAAAGAAACGGAACUCCGGAGUUAGCUACAAGACUUUUUAAUGUCAACGAGAAUAGUAAACUAGAGGAGUGCCUUGUACCACCUGAUAGUGAAAUUGUGUUUCCUUUGGAUAUUGGAAUUGUAGGACAUGUUGCACAUACAAAGAAGACCAUUAACAUUAAGGAUGUGGCUGAGAGUACCGUCUACAGCAGAUUUGCAGAUGAGCUUACAGAAUACAAAACAAAGAAUGUACUGGCUACACCAAUUAUGAAUGGCAAAGAUGUUGUUGCUGUUAUUAUGGCAGUCAACAAGACCGAUGGAUCUUUCUUUACAAAAUAUGAUGAAGAUGUAUUUUUAAAGUAUUUAAAUUUUGCCUCCUUAAACCUGAAAAUCUAUCACCUAAGCUAUCUCCAUAACUGCGAGACACGUCGAGGUCAGGUGUUAUUAUGGUCAGCAAACAAAGUGUUUGAAGAACUGACAGACAUUGAAAGACAAUUCCACAAGGCCCUUUACACAGUGAGAGGGUACUUAAACUGUGACAGAUACUCUGUUGGUCUUCUAGACAUGACAAAAGAAAAGGAAUUCUUUGAUUUGUGGCCAGUCUUGAUGGGAGAGGUUCCUCCAUACACUGGACCUCGUACUCCAGAUGGGAGGGAAAUCGUAUUUUAUAAGGUUAUUGACUAUACUUUGCAUGGAAAAGAAGACAUUAAAGUCAUACCGAAUCCUCCAGCGGAUCACUGGGCUCUUACUAGUGGCCUUCCCACAUACGUGGCAGAAAGUGGAUUUAUUUGUAACAUUAUGAAUGCAGCUGCAGAUGAAAUGUUCAAAUUCCAGAGAGAACCACUGGAUGAAAGUGGAUGGGUUAUCAAAAAUGUCUUAUCACUGCCUAUUGUAAACAAAAAGGAAGAAAUUGUGGGAGUCGCCACUUUUUACAACAGGAAGGAUGGAAAACCUUUUGAUGAGCAGGAUGAAACACUAAUGGAGUCCUUAACUCAGUUUCUGGGUUGGUCUGUCCUGAACACUGACACUUAUGACAGGAUGAACAAGCUGGAAAAUCGCAAAGACAUUGCCCAAGAUAUGGUGAUGUACCAUGUGAAGUGUAGUAAGGAAGAAAUUCAAGACAUCCUGCCAUCUCGUACAAAGCUUGGAAAGGAGCUUGAACAGUGUGAGGAGGAUGAAAUUGCACAACUAAUUAAAAAAGAGUUACCAGGGCCACAUAAGUUUGAAAUUUAUGAAUUCCGCUUCUCGGAUUUUGAUUGCACUGAAGUAGAACUUGUGAAGUGUGGAAUCCAAAUGUAUUAUGAACUUGGAGUGGUAAAAAAGUUUCAAAUACCCCCAGAGGCACUGGUAAGAUUUAUGUAUGCAAUGAAGAAAGGAUAUAGGAAGGUUACCUAUCACAACUGGCGUCAUGGAUUCAAUGUUGCCCAAACUAUGUUCACUCUCUUGAUGACUGGGAAACUGAAACGUUACUACACAGAUCUAGAGGCCAUGGCAAUGGUGACUGCUGGAUUUUGCCAUGACAUAGACCACAGAGGAACAAAUAAUCUUUACCAGAUGAAAUCUCAACACCCCUUAGCGCGAUUGCAUGGAUCAUCUAUUUUGGAGAGACAUCACUUGGAGUUUGGAAAAUUUCUGCUGGCAGAUGAGUCUAUGAACAUUUACCAGAAUCUAAAUAGAAGACAACAUGAACAUGUUAUUCACCUGAUGGAUAUUGCUAUAAUAGCUACAGACCUGGCUCUAUAUUUUAAGAAGAGAACAAUGUUCCAGAAGAUUGUUGAUCAGUCAAAGACAUAUGAAGAGCAACAGAAAUGGGUGGAAUACUUAUCGAUUGAAACAACGAGAAAAGAAAUCAUUAUGGCCAUGAUGAUGACAGCUUGUGAUUUAUCUGCCAUCACGAAACCAUGGGAAGUGCAGAGCAAGGUUGCUCUUCUUGUUGCUGCUGAAUUUUGGGAGCAAGGUGACCUGGAAAGGACAGUACUUCAGCAACAGCCUAUUCCCAUGAUGGACAGAAAUAAGUCUGCGGAAUUGCCAAAGCUCCAGUGUGGUUUCAUUGACUUUGUGUGCACCUUUGUAUAUAAAGAGUUUUCUCGCUUCCAUGAAGAAAUUCAACCAAUGUUGGAUGGCUUGCUUAAUAACAGAAAGGAGUGGAAAGCUCUGCAAGAUGAAUAUGAGGCAAAACUGAAAGUAAUUGAAGAAGAGAAGAAGAAGAAGGACGAUGAAUUAUCUGCUAAAAAAGCUGCUGCUGAUGGAGGAGGGGCAAAUGCGGAUAAAUCUUCAACUUGCACAUUAAUUUGA